UCGGCCCACGAGAUCCAGUGAGGCUGAAGGCGGAGGGUUCUGAGCUAGUGAAGGAGCUGAGAAGACCGGGUCUGAGCGGGAGCCAGAGCUGGAGAAGGAGAGGAAACAAUAGCGUCUACAGCCAUGUUCCGAGUUGCUCCAGCGCGCCUGAGGAGGGCUACGGCCUCAUUGCUCCGAUGUCAGAGUACCUUAGUAAUAGCAGAGCAUACGAAUGAUGCGCUUGCAUCCAUUACAUUAAAUACUGUUACCGCAGCCACGCGGCUUGGCGGGGAAGUGUCCUGUUUAGUGGCUGGAACGAAAUGUGACAAGGUGGCCCAAGAUCUGUGCAAAGUGACUGGUGUAGCCAAGGUCCUGGUGGCUCAGCAUGAUAUGUUCAAAGGACUCCUUCCAGAGGAACUGACACCAUUGAUUUUGGCAGCUCAGAAGCAGUUCAAUUAUACGCACAUCUGUGCUGGAGCAUCUGCCUUUGGGAAGAACCUUUUGCCCAGAGUAGCAGCCAAACUUGAUGUUGCCCCGAUUUCUGACAUCAUUCAAAUCAAGUCACCAGAUACAUUUGUGAGAACUAUUUAUGCAGGGAAUGCCAUAUGUACCGUGAAGUGUGAGGAGAAAGUCAAGGUGUUCUCCGUUCGGGGGACUGCAUUUGAAGCGGCAGCCACGAGUGGGGGGAGCGCCACUACAGAGAAUGCACCCAGUACCUCCUCAGCAGGACUGUCGGAAUGGCUGGACCAGAAAUUAACAAAAAGUGACCGGCCAGAGCUGACGAGUGCCAAAGUGGUGAUAUCUGGUGGACGUGGUUUGAAGAGUGGAGAAAACUUUAAGCUGUUAUAUGACUUGGCAGAUCAGCUACAUGCUGCAGUUGGUGCUUCCCGUGCGGCUGUGGAUGCUGGCUUUGUGUCCAAUGACCUGCAAGUUGGACAGACGGGAAAAAUAGUAGCACCGAACCUGUAUAUCGCCGUGGGAAUAUCUGGAGCCAUCCAACAUUUAGCAGGAAUGAAAGACAGCAAGUCCAUUGUGGCUAUUAACAAGGAUCCUGAGGCCCCAAUUUUCCAAGUGGCAGACUAUGGAAUCGUUGCAGAUUUAUUUAAGGUCGUGCCGGAGAUGACGGAGCUGUUGAAGAAGAAAUGAAGUCGCUGCAGAUCAUGCUCUAACCUGAGGAAUUACCCAAAAUCACUGAAUUCAUCGCGGGAAAGCUCGGACGACUCUUUCAGACCAUUUUUUUAAUUCUAGAAAGUGCCACAAUGUCUUUUAUGGGAAGAUCACAUUUUCCUUUUUAAGUUAAUUCGUCCCAACAUCCUUUUUGAAUGUUUUCUAAUUCUAUAAUAAAACAAUAAUAAAAUCCUGACCACCUUC